CGGAAAGAGAACAGUGAAAAUCCCUCUGCAGCUUCUUUGUUGAACAGUAUUUUCAUUUAUUUGUUCCUUCUCCCUUUUGUGUAUUCCAACCUUUGUUUCGAUCUCGUUUAACCAUGUCUUUUGUUCUUCAGUCUUCCCCGUUUGAGCCUUUAUUACGUGAUUUUGAUUAAAGACUUAUUUUUGUUACCUAAUUUUCUAUUGCAUGUUGCCGGACCAUUGACAGUAAGGUUGUGUUUGACUAAGCUCAAGGUCACGGCGUGGUUCAGUUUGUGACUGUUAACCUUCUGACUGUCUGCUUGGGAGAAUUGCUGCAGUCCCUGCAGAUAGAUAUUUGAUCCCAUCUGAUUGGGAAUAUUUGUAUUGAUUCUCAGCGCGCUACUUUGCGUUAGAGAAACUUCUGACUGUAUAGCACAGGCUGUACCGUUUGAGAACCGUUUAUAUUGAGCACAGAGUUUGUGUUUUGAUAUAAUAUAAUACGAGUAUCUCAAAGACGCGUUGUGGGCUAUACAGAGGAACUUGGUCUGGUCUAAUCGAAUAAAUUUUGGGUCCGUCAGUCCGUAGUUCCAACCGAAUAUUGGCUGUUCGGUCGUUACAGUUCUCAAACGAACAGUGAUCUCAAGUGAAAUAUACUGGAAUGCCUGGAAAGCGCAAUGAGAUCAACGAAAACUUCGCAUUGGGCCACAGAGAAAUGCAAUCGGAUUCACCUCCAGAUAUACGGCAAGUCAAAUUAGAUGCAUUUUCAUGUCACGGCUCUAAUGUUAGUUUAGUAAGUAGACAUAGCAAAGUUAGCUCUAGGAUUACCUUAGCAGAGUUAAAAGAAAGACAAUUAUUAGAAAUGAGAGACUUGAAAGAUAGACAGAGGAAGCAACUACUGUGCUUUCAGAGAGAAUUUGGGUCGUUAAGGCUGAACGAAAGCACGUGUAGUAAGUUAUCUUCUGUUUCUAACUGUGAUGACAGAGAAAAGGAGCACGUUCACAGGUUCGUAAGUCCUUCUCAUGACCUUAGGAUAAAGUCUCUAGAAAAGUCCAAACUGCUAGAUUAUCCAGGAACGAAGAAGAAGGAAGUGACCUUGGAAUCUCCAAGUGUAGGUCUUGAACUUCCAACAGUAGAGCGCGAUGUCUACUUCGAUGAAAGUUACAAUAUUGUUCCUUUACCUAGAGGAGUGGCUGAGGAAGACAUUGCUGCCUCUGUUAUUGGCAAUGAGUCUGGUAUGUGUAAAGCUGGCUUCACCAAAAAUGGUGCUGCCAGAGCCGUAUUACCCUCUAUUGUUGGAAGAACUAGACAUCAAGUAGUGACUGUGGGAAUGGAUGGAAAGGACAGUCAUGUGGGAGACGAUGCUCGAUCGAAACGUGUUAUCCUGACACUGAAGUACCGAAUUAAACAUGGUAUUGCGACUAAGUGGGGUGAUAUGGAGAAGAUAUGGUACCACACAUUCUACAAAGGGUUGCGAGUGGCAAGAGAGAAACAUCCGGUGUUGUUGAGAGAAGUUUCAUUGAACCCGAAGGCAAACUGUGAGAUGACAAGGAUCAUGUUUGAGACUUUUAAUACACCAGGUACGUGUGCUGCUACUCAAACGGUGUUGUCACUAUGUACAUCUGGUCGUACAACUGGUAUAGUGUUGAACUUAGGUGACGGUGUGACCCACACAGUUCCGAUUUAUGAAGAUUGUGCGUUGCCUUAUACUGUUUUUGGACUGGACCUUGCUGGUAGAGUUCUUGCCGACUUUAUGAUGAAGAUCCUGACUAAGACAGGUUGCAGUUCCUCUGUCUAUUCGUGGAACAUACUCAGGCGCAAACCACCGGACAUCGUUUUACUCUAUAGUAAGUCUAGAGUGGCACCUAUAAAACAGGUAACUGUGCCUAGACUGGAACUAGCAGCGGCAGUAUUGAGUGCUAGAAUAGGGGACGUUUUAAAUAAGAACCUUCCUCAUGUGUUUGACAAGACUCACUUCUGGACGGAUUCUAUGAUAGUACUGUACUAUAUAAAAAAUACAGAUAGUAGGUAUUCCACCUUCGUGGCUAAUCGUCUGGCCGCUAUUCAGCAUUUAACAUCUGUGGACCAGUGGGGGCAUGUAGAAUCCAAUGAAAAUCCUGCUGACUGGACAUCACGAGGCAUACGGAAGGAGCUAGCUUUAAAGAACUGGAUUGAGGGUCCUUCCUUCUUAAGGAAGAGGGAGUCGGUAGGAACACUGACGCUUAUGUGCGAAAACCCCUCGGAAAAUGUUGAAUUUAUAAGAUGCCACACGACCAACGCAUUUGCGCUAAAACAUAGCUCAAGUCCAAUUCUGCUAUAUCACUCAAAUUUGAUAAAGCUGAUUAAAGCGGUAGCAUGGCUCAGAAGAUACGUGACCUAUAUAACCAUCAUGUACUUCCAUCACGAUGACAGGUCCCUAAGUGUGGACUAUCUGUCAGUUUAUGGAUUGGAUGCAGCUGAACACAAGGUAUUAUCCUUAGUGCAAAAGGAAGUGUAUGGGUAAGCAGUGAAAGUGUCUCGAUGCAAUGGCGUAAGCGCAAUUGAUAUAAAAGAGCUAAAAAAUCUUUCACCUACGCUAACCGAUGGAUUGCUUUGUGUCGGCGGACGAUUAAAUUACUCGGAUUAUCCACUCUCAAUCAGACAUCCGGUAAUUUUGCCCAGUCAUCACUUCGUAACAGAACUUAUUAUUAGACACCAUCACCACCUAGAAGGUCACACCGGUACAUCACAAGUGUUAGCUACCAUACGACGAAAUUAUUGGAUUGUUAAAGGAACCAGUGCAGUUGAACGAGUGAUAGGUAGAUGUGUGAGGUGUAUACGCGCGAAAGCCAAAUUAGGCCAACAGAUGAUGGCACCUCUCCUCAAGUGUCGAGUGCAGCAAGGCUGGUUUCGCUUCUCCUCCGUCGGGAUAGACUAUUUUGGGCCGUUGAUAGUUCGUCGGGGAAGAAGUGAGGAAAAAAGAUAUGGAUGCCUAUUUACGUGUCUCCAAACACCGGCCGUACAUUUGGAAGUAGCUUUCAAUUUGAGUACUGAUGCUUUUAUAAUGGCUUUAAUACGUUUCAUCGGAAGACGAGGAACUCCUAAGGAAAUCUACAGCGACAAUGGAACUAACUUUGUCGGGGCUACUUCCGAAUUACGGGCUAAUAUGAGUGUGUGGGACAAGCAUAGAAUAAACGACUUAACAGUAUCAAAGGGUAUACGCUGGCAUUUCAACCCACCACUAGCUAGCCAUCGAGGCGGAGUUUGGGAGAGAUUAAUACGGUCUGUUCGAAGAAUCUUACUAUCUAUUUCCAACGGGCAAAUAUUACACGAUGAUAGUUUGGCAACUUAUUUUGUGGAGGUAGAACGAAUUUUAAACAACCGCCCAAUCGUUCCUGUGACGUCAGAUGAAAAGGAUGACUUGGCGCUCACGCCAAACACUUUGUUAUUACUUAGAGACUGUGAUGGUUUAGGAAUGGAGUGUAGUGUUGCGGAUAGGUAUUCAAAGCGAUGGAGACAGGUUAAUUGUUUAGCCAAUACCUUCUGGCGUCGAUGGAUAAAAGAGUACAUUCCUUUACUGCAAGUGAGGCAGAAAUGGUUUUGCAAACACAGAAACUUGAAAGAAGGUGAUGUAGUUCUAGUGGCUAACGAUACAACUACUCGGGGCUCAUGGCCAAUGGGACGGGUUGAUAAGUGCGAGACAGACAGAGAUGGGUUGGUAAGAACAGUGAUGGUGCGAAUGAGAGAAGGUAUAAUAAGAAGAGAUGUGCAAAAGCUCUGCCUUCUAGAGGGAGCCGAGUAAUUGUAGAUUGUAGCUUAGAUUUAUGGAUGUACAGGCGUACUGUUGUAAGUCCUGUACCUCCCAUUGAUAUAGAGCAGUUAGUAAGGAGAGCCAUGACGGAAAUGUAAUCUAAGGUGUCUUUGCGAAGCUGGAGGGAUUUUGGGGGCCGGUGUAACGGAAAGAGAACAGUGAAAAUCCCUCUGCAGCUUCUUUGUUGAACAGUAUUUUCAUUUAUUUGUUCCUUCUCCCUUUUGUGUAUUCCAACCUUUGUUUCGAUCUCGUUUAACCAUGUCUUUUGUUCUUCAGUCUUCCCCGUUUGAGCCUUUAUUACGUGAUUUUGAUUAAAGACUUAUUUUUGUUACCUAAUUUUCUAUUGCAUGUUGCCGGACCAUUGACAGUAAGGUUGUGUUUGACUAAGCUCAAGGUCACGGCGUGGUUCAGUUUGUGACUGUUAACCUUCUGACUGUCUGCUUGGGAGAAUUGCUGCAGUCCCUGCAGAUAGAUAUUUGAUCCCAUCUGAUUGGGAAUAUUUGUAUUGAUUCUCAGCGCGCUACUUUGCGUUAGAGAAACUUCUGACUGUAUAGCACAGGCUGUACCGUUUGAGAACCGUUUAUAUUGAGCACAGAGUUUGUGUUUUGAUAUAAUAUAAUACGAGUAUCUCAAAGACGCGUUGUGGGCUAUACAGAGGAACUUGGUCUGGUCUAAUCGAAUAAAUUUUGGGUCCGUCAGUCCGUAGUUCCAACCGAAUAUUGGCUGUUCGGUCGUUACACAUAGCAUCAUUCCUAAUUAUUGUUGCACAAAUGGUAAUACUAAUAUCAGGUUUUACUCUGUAUACUAUUACAUAAAUCUAAAUGUCGUCAUCUGAGUGCACCAUAGGAUUCUUAUUUUAUUUUUCUCAAUUGCUGGUUUAAUCCUGAGGUCGAUAUUUACUACACAAUUAUUAUUAUCAUGGUUGAACCUUUUCACUAGGUGUCCACUUCUUUGCUCUCUCUUUUUUUCUUCUAAAUAAAUAUUAUUCUUAAGAUUACAAAGUUUGUAAUCAGGACAACUUGUGUUACAUUUAAAUUAACUUCUCAGACUCGUUUUAUCUCCAUUAUGCAUAUAUGACUCAUACAUAUUGAUAUUACAUUAUCCUUUUCACUUAAUUGAGACCUUCAUAUCAUCACUCGAAACCAUGACUGCACAACAUUUAUUUCAGCGUCAUAUCUUAAUUAUUUUCUAUUUUAUUUUUGUCAUUAAUUUGACGAUACAUACAUAGUCGUUUGUUCUCGUUCUGUGUUCAUAAACACGCCCAUUAAACUAUUUGUGUAUUUCACGUCUCCUUUAUUUCUGUUACCUUAUUUUAUUCCUAUCCUUCUUUAAACUCAGUUCAAUAUUCUACUUAAUUACACAGAAUCUGAUUUAUUAUUAUUAUCCUACUAUUACUACUAUCUUUUUUCAAAUAUGGGAAAUAUAACGCUAACAUUAUUGAAACUUGUGUAUUAUUGCAUUUUUGAAAAAACUCGAAAUGGUUUCUUCACAACACUUAUGUACCCAUAAGAUGUUUGUGAAUAAUCAUUAUCAUUAUUAUGUUGUGUUCCGUUAACAAACAGCUUACCACGCGUUUCAAAAAGGGCAGUGAUUUUGUACUUGUGAUUAUCCCUGCUUCUGC